GAAAGAUGGUGCGUGUGCGAGUGCGUGCGUGCGUGUCGACCUGUGGCCGGGGACACAGCAGUCUGUUGGAGGGCAAAGUUCCCAGCGGGGCGUGUGUAUGUAAGCUCGCGUCCGCCACCCAGGACGCACAGAAGGGCCUCGGCUGCGCGCACAGCGGCGACACUCCCGAGCCGGGGCACACGCAGCAUGUAGCCGCGGGACCGAGGACCGCCACUGUAUGGUGCGUAGCCCCCCAAGUGUGACAUCACCUUUACCUCCGCUCAAUGCGAGACAUGGUCGAAGGUGUGUGUGACUGUCACUCUCUGCGCCGUGGUCGCGUUUCAGCCCUCUCUCUCUCUGUCUCUCUCUCUCUGUCUCCCCGCCGUGGCCCCUCCGUGUCCGCACUGAUCCGCACACCGGUGUGCCGCCGCAGCCAUGGGUGGGAGCCUGGGCUGCCACCGCGCCAUUCCCAGGGACCCCGCGGACCUCAGCUGCGGGAAGCGCAAGUUCAGCGCCGCGUGCAACUUUGGCCACAUCCUGGUGAACCAGGAGCGGCUGAACAUCAACACGGCCACCGAGGAGGAGCUCAUGACUCUCCCGGGGGUCAACCGCGCGGUUGCGCAGAACAUCGUGGAGUACCGGGACUGCAUCGGGGGCUUUAAGAAGGUGGAGGACUUGGCCCUGGUCAGCGGCAUCGGGGCCACCAAGCUGGAGGCGAUCAAGCUGGAGAUAUGCGUCUCCAGCAGGACCAGCUCGUCCCAGCACUCCCCGUCCUCCCUGCGCAAGGACCCGGAGCACCAGCCCUGCACCGGGAUCAACAUCAACACCGCCACGCCGGCGCAGCUCGUGAGCAUCCGGGGCAUCACGGAGAAGACGGCGAAGAACAUCGCGGCGUACCGCGCGGACCACGGCCCGUUCAAGAGCAUCGAGGACCUGGUGCGGGUCAGCCACAUCAACAGCUCCCUGCUCGACAAGAUCCGCUUCCAGGUGUACGUGGCGCGCUCCCGGGCGCCGUCCACCAACACCAACGGAGGGCCGACCGGCACCACCAGGUCGCACCCGAGCCCGACCUCGCUCAGCUUCCGCAGCGACGAGCUGGACCUCCCGCCCGGAGGGCCGACCCAGAUCCCGUCGGCGCGGCCCGACGUGGAGCCGCCGCCGGGCCUGCGGGACGGAAAGCCCGUGGUGCGCCUGGCCACCUGGAGCCUGCAGGGCUGCUCCUGCGACAAGGCCAACAACCCCGGGGUCAAGGAGGUGGUGUGCAUGACCCUGCUGGAGAACGACAUCAAGUUACUGGCCGUGCAGGACCUUCUGGAGAGGGAGGCUCUUGAUAAGUUCUGUGUGGAGUUAAACCAAGGAACACUGGCCAGCAUACGGAAGUGGAAAUGGCCACGGGGGCUGUGGAAAAGUGUUGUGUCCGAAAAACCCACCGGACACACCAGCAAGGGAGCGAGCUACUCUGGUUUCCUGUGGGACAGCUCGUCUGGCAUUGACCUGAAGGAUGCUGCGGUCCUGGACCCCCCUGUUGUCAAUGGCAAUGGGAAUCACACCUACCCUUUCCUCUACCUGGCCCACUUUACAGUUGGUUCUUACGAACUGACAUUGGUGAACGUCCACAUGCAGGCCACAGCCUCACCGGGGGAGUCCAACGGCAAGAACCACAACACGGAUGAAGUCAAGUGUCAGCGCCUCUGCCGGAGUAUCCAGGAGACACUCAAAGCUGAGAAAGAGUUGGUGGUGCUGGGAGAUUUUGGCUCGCCCCCUCAAAGCUCGGAGCUGGACAUUCUGAGGAAAGAAAAGCUCUGUGCCCUGGUGCCAUCCACCCAGUUCACCAACAUCAGCACCCGGUCACCCCAGGGCACCCAAUGCCUGGAUAACAUCUGGGUCAGCCGCUCCCUCAAGAAGCUCUGUUCUGGCCACUGCGUGGUGGUGCGGGAGGGCUUGACUAACCCCUGGAUCCCAGAUAACUGGUCAUGGGGCGGUGUGGCGUCAGACCACUGCCCGGUGGUGGCGGAGUUUUAUGCGGACGUGUCCCCCAAGGAGCUGAGCAGGCCUGGUGUGGUGGUGGUGGACAGAAGAGACAUGAUGCCCAAACAUGAGCGGUGACAGCAUCCACAGUGACAGUAGAGACAGUGGUGGAUGACAAUGGAAUGACUUUUUCCUGUCUGGAUCCUGCUUUCUCUUGGUUUGCCAAUGGAAUAAAGAGUUUCCUGAUGAAUGUGAAGAAGCGCCGAGAUUGCCUUUUGGGUUUCAGUUUAUCAGUGAAUGAUAGUGACUGGUAAGUCAUCGAAGCCUACAAUUGUUCAGAGAAAUAUACACACAUAUAUAUAUAUAUAUAUAUAUAUAUAUAUAGAAUGUACUUAAAAAGAAAUGUGCCAAACAUUUUCUAUAUCUAUAUGAAAUAAAGACAAAUUGAGAGAUGUU